AUGCUAAUUGAUUCAGGUAGCCAGGGCUCAUUUAUUCGAGAGCACUGUGUAAAUUUACUGCAGCUAAAGCGCACUAGUGCAAACGUAAGUGUAAAUGGCCUGAGCUCGCAAAAAAUUGGAAAGGUUUCAGGUUCAGUUCAAUUACAAGUAACAUCUCCAUUUUAUAAAAACGCAAGCAUUUCAGUAAAUGCAUUAAUUAUACCCAAGAUCACGUGUGACCUUCCUCAAUAUCAAGUUGAUAGAUCUGUUUUGACAUCUUUCAAACAUUUGUGGUUGGCAGAUACAAAUUGUUUCCAGCCUGGCCCAAUAGAUAUUCUUUUGGGCGCAGAUGUAUUUGGCGAGAUAAUGCUUCAUGGACGUUUAACUGUUCCGGGUCAUUCGUUAACAACCUUGGAAUCAAUAUUCGGCUGGGUUAUUAUCGGAAAGACUAAAAGUGUAUCACAGACAAUUGUAUCGAAUCAUGCUAGUUGUACCAAUGUUCAGCUCCAGCUUGAAAAAUUUUGGAAAUUGGAAGAAAUUUCGGAGAUAAAGCAUUACACAGAAGAGGAAAUUGAAUGUGAAAAUCAUUUCAAGCGGAAUUUUUCUCGUGUUUCAACAGGUAGAUUUGUUGUUAAGUUUCCAUUUCGUAGAUCGGGAAAUGAACUUGGGUCAUCAAGGGAUGUUGCUGUACAUCGUUUACAUCGUUUACAAAGCAUUGAACGUCAAUUUAUUAAGAAUAAAUCUCUUUCCAGUCAAUAUCACAAAUUUAUGGAGGACUAUCAACAACUUGGUCAUAUGGAAUUGAUUCCAGAAAAUGAAAUUGAUGUUCCAGCUAAUUCUAGUUUUUACCUUCCGCACCAUUCAGUUCCAGAUAAAAAUGGUGAUAAGUUUCGAGUCGUAUUUGAUGGUUCUGCAAAAUCUUCUAGCGGUAUUUCUCUUAAUGAGAAAUUGAUGGUUGGUCCACAGUUGCAGACUGAUCUGACAACAUUAAUUAUUCGUUUCAGAAUUCACAGAAUAGCUAUAACUGCAGAUAUAGAGAAAAUGUACAGACAAAUUAUACUAAAAGAUGCAGACUUUCAGAGAAUAGUCUGGCGCGAUUCACUUUAUAAACCAAUUCAGGAUUUUCAAUUAACUAGGAUUGCUUACGGUACUGCAUCAGCUUCGUACCUUGCGGUAAGAUGUUUACAGCAGUUAGCCAUAGAUGAAGCAACUAAUUUUCCUUUGGCUUCCAAGACAUGUCUUAGGGACUUCUACGUUGAUGAUUUGAUGUCCGGAGCCAAUUCAGUUACUGAAGCUAUAGAAUUACAAAUGCAAUUGAAUCAGAUGUUGUCACACAAUGAUGAUACUGUAAAAACGUUAGGUAUCCUGUGGCAUCCAGCUUCAGAUAUGUUUUUAUUCAAAGUCAAUUCAUCAUAUUCUGAAGUCUUAACCAAACGAACAUUACUUUCAAUAAUCGCAAAGACCUUUGACCCUCUUGGAUGGUUGGCACCGAUCACGGUUCGGUAUAAAUUGAUUAUGCAAAGAUUGUGGAAACAUCAGUUUCAGUGGGAUGAAAAGGUUCCUCCAGAUAUUGAAUGUGAGUGGAAACAACUUACAGAAGAUUUGUUAUUCAUUAAAAGUAUCAAAAUUUCACGAUUCUUGUUGGUUGAAUCAGAUAACCAGUUUCAACUGCACGGGUUUUGUGACGCCUCAGAGAAGGCCUACGCCGCUGCAAUUUAUUAUCGUUCUGUGCUAGAUGCUGGACAAAUUAAUGUUCAGUUAGUGAUAGCCAAAACAAGAGUUGCACCACUAAAAACCAUAUCACUUCCCCGAUUGGAACUUUGUGGAGCAUUACUGUUGACUAAAUUAAUGGAUUUCACCUGUAGGGCUUUAAAUACUCCUAUAUCGCAAGUUUAUUUUCAUACUGAUUCCACUAUUGUAUUAGCCUGGAUAAGAUCUCAUGCAAGCCGAUGGAAGACCUUCGUCGCCAACAGAGUAGCAAAAAUCCAGACUUUAUCCUCUCCUGUCCAGUGGCAUCAUGUGAGUAGAAAUGCUAAUCCUGCUGAUCUUGCAACCCGUGGUGUGUCAUCAUCUGCACUGGUUACUUCAUUGUGGUUACGUGGUCCAGAUUUAUUGUAUAAUUUAUUUCCUUUUCAGCAAGCAUUAUCUGCACCACUACUGGAUGAUUCUGUGCCAGAGCAAAGAUGUGCUUUACAGUCUACAACUGCUGCCAGUCACUUGACAGACGCUCAUGAUUUAUUUUAUAAAUAUUCCUCUCUCACUAAACUUAAACGUGUUGUAGCAUUAUGUCUGAGGUUUGUAAAUAACUGUAAAAAUUCAGAAGAUCAGGUAAGUGGAUUUCUAAAAACAAAUAAUUUAGGUAUUCUCAGGGUGGGCGGUCGCUUGCGACAUGCAAACCUUGCAUAUGGUUUUAGGCAUCCAAUUUUGCUUCCAAAGAAGCACAUUUUAACUCAUCUCAUUGUUAGACAUUACCAUGAAAGACUUUUGCAUGCAGGUCCACAACUUAUGCAAUCUUGCAUUCAAGAACAACAUUGGAUCAUAAAUGGUAGAGCUGUUAUCAGAGAUUUAGUUAGGAAAUGUAUAAAGUGUUGCAAAAUUAGAGCAUCUGUCACUAAUCAAUUGAUGAGCGAUUUGCCGUCUAGUCGCGUUUCGCCUGCUCCUGCGUUUUUGCGCUGUGGAGUGGAUUACGCAGGUCCUUUUCAAAUUAAAGCAAAUAAGGGUCGAGGCUCUGGGUCAUUCAAGGCAUAUAUAGCUCUAUUUGUUUGUUUUACGACAAGAGCUAUUCACCUAGAAUUAGUGACUGAUCUUUCAGCAGAUGCUUUUAUUGCAGCUCUUAAGAGGUUCAUUUCCCGCAGAGGCAAAAGCAGUGAUAUACAUAGCGAUUGUGGUUCCAAUUUUGUUGGAGCAAAACGCAAACUGAUGGAAUUUGAAAGGCUUGCUAGGUCUGCAACUUAUAACCAAAAUGUUAGCAGAUAUUUGGUUGAUAAUGGCAUUAAAUGGCAUCUAAACGUUCCAGGUGCGCCACAUAUGGGUGGACUCUGGGAAGCUGGCAUAAAAUCAACAAAAUACCAUUUAAAAAAAAACGAGUAG